GUACGCAACAAAAAAAAAAAAAAAUCAGAUAAUCCAAGACAAAGGAAAAGAAUGUUGGGAGUGUUAGGCAAAGGCAGAAGAAUGAUAUGCUCGCUCCUCACACAAGCACCAUUCCCUCUGGCUUAUUAUAGCUCUCCUUCUUCCAUUUACAAAGCCAAACCAUCUGGUUAUCUCCCUCGCAUCUCCUCGGGUUUUCUGGGUCCAAUUUCCUGCUCUGCAAUCCUAGCGUUUUGUUCGAAAUCCGGUGAAGUGGGAGGAAUGGCGUCUUCGCUGCAAAAUCAGGGUUCUAUUACGUACCUAACGCAGCGAGAAGCUGCCGAGAUUGAUGAGGUUCUCAUGGGUCCUCUGGGCUUUGGCGUUGAUCAGUUAAUGGAAUUAGCUGGUUUAAGCGUCGCCACAUCGAUUGCUGAGGUUUAUAAACCAAGCGAGUAUAAUCGUGUUCUUGCUAUUUGUGGUCCGGGGAAUAAUGGAGGUGAUGGGCUGGUUGCUGCUCGUCAUUUGUAUCACUUUGGAUAUAGGCCAUUCGUCUGUUAUCCUAAGCGAACUUCCAAACCCCUUUAUUCUGGUCUUGUUACUCAGCUGGAAUCUCUGUCAAUCCCUUUCCUGUCGGUGGAUGAGCUGCCUGUGGACUGGUCAAAUGACUUCGACAUUCUAGUAGAUGCUAUGUUUGGCUUUUCAUUUCGUGGUGCACCGAGGCCACCUUUUGAUAAUCUGAUCGAGAAGCUGGUUCACUUAAAUAAUUAUAAACAAAUGCAACAAAAGUCCCCUGUUAUUGUGUCUGUAGAUAUUCCAUCUGGAUGGCAUGUUGAAGAAGGUGAUGUUGAUAGUGAAGGAAUUAAACCUGACAUGUUGGUUUCUUUGACUGCUCCAAAACUGUGUGCCAAGAAAUUUUCUGGACCUCACCACUUUCUAGGUGGAAGAUUUGUCCCACCAUCUAUUGCAGAAAAAUAUAAGCUUCACCUUCCGCCAUAUCCUGGCACAUCUAUGUGUGUCCGAAUUGGAAAGCCUCCACAAAUUGAUAUAUCAGCUCUCAGAGAGAAUUAUAUAUCUCCAGACUUCCUGGAGGAGCAGGUGGAAGCUGACCCUAUUGAUCAGUUUCGCAAAUGGUUUAAUGAUGCGGUUGCUGCUGGCUUAAAGGAACCAAAUGCUAUGAGUUUGUCAACAACAGGAAAAGAUGGAAAACCGGAUGGAUCCACAAGGGAGGCAGCUUCUCCCACUGGAAUCCUUAAGAAAAUUUGGGAACUAUUUAAAAUGUGCCAAAAUUUUUUGAAGAAAUUUGCUUUUCCUCGUACUAAAUAUGAGAAACAUGCUUAUAAUUUGAGCUCAUCAAGAAUGGUAUUGCUGAAAGGUGUGGACAAGGAUGGUUUUGUCUGGUACACCAAUUAUGAAAGUCGAAAGGCACGUGAGUUAUCAGAAAAUUCUCAUGCGUCACUUCUUUUCUACUGGGAUGGGCUUAAUCGGCAGGUAAGAGUGGAAGGAUCUGUGCAGAAAGUUUCUGAUGAAGAAUCAGAGCAAUACUUCCACAGUCGUCCUCGGGGAAGUCAAAUUGGAGCAAUAGUUAGCAAGCAGAGUACUAUAGUUCCUGGACGGCAUGUACUACACCAGCAAUACAAAGAAUUAGAAGAAAAAUACUCUGAUGGGAGUUUGAUUCCAAAGCCUAAACACUGGGGAGGAUACAGACUUCAACCAGAGCGUUUUGAGUUUUGGCAAGGACAGCAGUCCCGUUUGCAUGACAGGUUGCAAUAUUCCCCUCAAGAGAUCAAUGGGAAACGGUCUUGGAGAAUCGAUCGCUUGGCCCCCUGAGUAGUAUUUUCAGCUUCUUCACUGUGAAAUUCACCAUUGUGGUAGUAUAUCAUUCGUUUCUAUCUAAAUUUGGAUAAGCAUCAAUCACAUGCCAGAUGCUGUUAAUCUUCUAAGGAUGUAAUCUAUUGAUGGCAUUCUGAGGUGUGACAUUUUAAACAAAUACAAGUUUAACACCAGCAACUCAUAAAUACGGUGAUGUAGGUCUGAAAUUUGAUCGGUGUGGUGAACGUGGGUAAAUAUCAUGGGCAGGAUCUCUUACAUUUAGUCAUGACUGGUGCACAUUCAUAUUCCAAAGGAUGUGAAACACAAUAGCAAAUUUGCCUUAAAUUUAUUAGCGCUCUUCCCCAUUGCUUUAGCCAAUAUUUAUAGGCUUAAUUUGCUUGCAAUAAAAGUGCUACUUUUUCUC